CGUCCCCGCGACCCUCUUGUUCAGAAGGCGAUGGCUUCUCUGGUGCUCAGGUCCGCCGGCAGCGCUCUCCGGCGGUCGCCUGUCUCCGAGUUCGUCGGGAAGACCCAAUCCAGCAAGUAUUCCACCUCGUCCUCAGGUCUGCAGGUGAACAGGGAGAGCUAUCAAGGUCUUGGUGCGAAGGUGGAUGAGCUCACUCGUGUGUUAGGUGGUCUGAAGAAAGGUGUCAAAGAACUUGAGCUAGUGUUAGAGAAAAAGGACGCUACCGUCAGAAGGCAGGCUCCAUUCAAGAUGCUGGCGGGGGUGACGAUCGGUUUCGCUCUUGGCUUCUACACAAACCAGCAUCUUAGUGCUUGAGUCGGAAGGAAGAUGUAUCGGUAGCAAAGCCCUAUGUUAGUGCUAAUUCAUGUAGACUUUAUUGACGUGUUAUGAUCUAGUGCACUGUUAUAUAUGUACCACUCUAGAACCUGUGGUGUAGUGGGAUGGUAUUGCUUUUUGAAGUCUCAAGCAACAGCCAGCUGUUGUCAGUUGACUUGUAUGGAUGAUCUAGCCUCUUGAAUCUUCCGAUUCGGUACGGGUCAUGACUCAUGAGUAGAUCGGAAGCUGAGGACAAUCUUUGAAUA